AUGUCGUCUUCAUCUACAACUUCCAAGUUUGUAAAGAAAUUAGCAUCAAAUGAUAAAAAGACAAGAGAUUCAGCAAUUGCGAAUUUAAAAUUAUAUCUUGGGUCAAAAAACAACUCGUCAAAAUUGUCAUUAUUUGAGUUUGAAAAAUUAUGGAAAGGUUUAUACUAUUCAGUAUGGUUUUGCGAUAGAGUAAAAACCCAGACUAAAUUAUGUGAAAAUCUAGCAUCUAUAUAUUCAACUACAUUAUUAGAUAACCAAGACGCAUUUUUAAAACUUUUCAAGUCUUUUAACUUAAUAAUUAUAAAAGAAUGGCCAAGUAUUGAUCAAUGGAGAAUAGAUAAAUUUUAUAUGUUAAUUAGAAGAAUAUUGAGACAUAAUUUUAAACAUUUGAAAGCAAAAGAAUGGGAUAAUAAAUUAAUUGAACAAUGGUUGAGUGUAUUGAAUGAAACACUAUUAUCUGGAGAUUCAAAAGUUCCAUUAGCUUUACCUUAUCAUUUAUGUGAUAUAUAUUUAGAUGAGUUAGAAUUGGUUAUAUUUGAAGAUAUAAUAAAGAAUAAAGAACAAGAAGAAAUAACAGAUGAAGAAGUACUUGAAAUAGUCAACGAGGUGCCUGUAUUGAAAUUGAUUUCUUCAUUUAAAGAAUUGAAUAAAUCUGCAAAAUUGAAAACUUUAAGAGAAAAAUGUAAAGAAGAUGUUUUAGAUGAUAAAAGAUUAAUAAAUUGGAAAGUAAUAGAGAAUUCAAAUGAAAGUGAGGAAGAUGUAGAUGGUGAUAAUGAAGCUAAUUAUGAUGAUGAUAGUGAAGAUGAAUGGAAAGGUUUUAAUUAA